AUGUCCUCCUUUGAGCUUCGCACAACAUUGCCCUGCAAUCAGGCCACAUGGGAAGCUCGUUCAGCUGAGGACUGGUGGAAGUACGCCAAGAAGGAACCCCAGAUACCAUUCUUGUCUGUUUUGAAAUCCUACAUGAAUCCCGAUACUGGCGCAAGCAUCCCAGAGCUGAAUGCCUUGUCCCGGCUCUUGGUCUUGCACGGCUUGAUGUCCAUACAAUGGGAUAUGAGACGCAGAGAUCAGACAUCGCUUGAUGGGCUGACCAAUAUCAAAGGUUUUGAGAGUACAAACGGAGCUGUUCAAGCUAAGUGGCAGGAUCGCUUAGCUCACUCCUACGACGCAUGGAAAGCAGACUUCGACACAUAUUGCAUGAACAUGUCAUUUUCUCUCGAUACUCCAUCCAGAAAGGCUGAAUUUCUUCGCUUUAGCACCGCGACCACAGCAAUAUAUCAUGCCGCCCACAUUACCCUUAACGUGGAAAUCCUUGACCUCCAAAUAUAUGCCGGUGCACGUCAUAUUAUCGGAAGGCCAGUCGCAAGGGCCGAUUAUGAUAGGUCACGACGUAUUGUGAAAGACUGGGCAAAACCCGGCGGGUCUACCGCUGCAACCAAGGCUGCGUGGCAUGCAGCUCAUCUUCUGCGAGAUGGCAUCCUGAAUCUGGACAACUGGGAUGUCAAUAAUGCUUUCCACUAUCCUUGGUGUCUCUAUAUCGCGACCCUGACAUGCUGGGCUUUCCACUUUGCGACGUCUUCGACUGGGAUGCAGGAAAACACGAAUUCAUCUAGCUGUGCAGGUCACCGGGCCGGUGCGAAUUCGAGAAGUGAUAAUGAAGCGGAUGAUCAAAUUGUAUGGCAUGCAAAGUCAGAGAUGAAUGCCCUGGUUAGUAGUAUGACAAGUGGCACUCCAGAGAACCUCUGGCGGGUGAUAGGGAAAUACACUACCUCUGGGUUGACAGCGGUCAUGGCGAAACAUUUGAGCAAUGUUCGUUGGGCUGUUGUACACGAAGGCAUGAAAGUCCUAAGGGGUUUGGUCCCUGAGCGCUCCAUCAAUGAGUAUGAGGCAUUUUUGAGAUGA